AUGAUUCUCAAAGAGCCCGCGCUGAUACGCGGUCUGAAAUGGCUUGUUCUUUUCUUCGUCAUCAUCAUCGUGUGUCUCCCUGAAGUAUCCUCUAGAAUCAGAAACAGAAAUAUGUCGCCCAAACUCUUGAGCUGUUACAAGAACUUUGCCAACGUCACCCUCGACAGGGUGGUGGGCAGCUUUCUCUCCUUCUACUGUGAGUCGGCAGCGAAGGGUAUUUUGAGAAAACGCAAUGGGCUGAAGCCAAAUCUGAUCAAAUACAUGAAAAAACUCACUGAAAGAAUUAAAAUUAAUAGCCACAACAGAACCAAGAGGCAGGCCAAUAGAUGUGUGAGGAAGGAAUACAGGAAGCUUACCACGCAGGAGAGAAAUGACUACCAUAGAGCUGUGAAUGGACUCAAAAAGAAUACGAUAGUUGAGCCAAACGUGUACGACGCCCUUGCCAUGAUUCAUUCAGAAAUGCAGAUAUACAAGGCCCACGGUGGACCUUGUUUUCUCAGCUGGCACAGAGUGUAUCUGCUGAUGUACGAAAUGGCUCUUGGAGACGAAGUCCCCGGCGUCUGUGUUCCAUACUGGGACAGCAGUCUGGACAAUGAGCUAGAAGACCCGGCCGAGUCCUACAUGUUCAGUCCUGAACUCAUGGGUAACGGUGAUGGCGCGAUCAAAACCGGUCCUUUUGGAGGAUGGAGGCGUCCCCCGGAUCCAAACACCCCAAACAAACAGCAAGCUCCAGUAUUAAGAAACGUGGGAGCUGAUGGCGAGCUUUACUCAAAAGAAUCGAUAGAAAAGAUUUUGUCCCGCCACGACCAUUCAGAAAUAAUCGCCCCCAACUCCGAUCCCGACUAUGACAUUGAGGUUUUGCACGGAGGAGUCCAUAUGUUUAUUGGGGGAGAUAUGGAGGCUUUGGAGACGGCACCAUUUGAUCCCAUCUUCUUCAUGCAUCAUGCUUUCGUCGACUACAUCUGGGAACUUUUCCGCUCGAAGUUGAGAAAUCAGUUUCACAUUGACCCAUCGACAAAUUACCCAAAUGAUCAUGACAUAGAGUUUCACGGACGCGACGAAAUGAUGGACAUAGCUAAUUUCACGUGUGGUGACGGCUACAGCGACGAGCUUAUGGCCACUGUUGAAUAUGAAACGUCACCGACCUGCACGAAGAAGCACCCAACGUGUGACUCGCCUUUCUUGAGAUGUCAGCCAGAAAAACAUAGAUGCAUUCCAAUAACGCUAAACGAGUCUCCAAUUCCUGUGGUGCCCAUUCCAGACCCUGUAACCCAUCAACCAAUUCCAGUAAGUCUACCUCAAGACCCGGUGACGAUACCCAUAAACCCGGUGACGAUCCCUCUAGACCCAGUGACGCCACGUCCAAACCCAGUGACAUUCCCAGCAGAUCCAGUUACGCCUCGCAUUGACCCGGUAACGUUCCCCCCAUUAACGCUAGGUCCAGGUCCGGUACCUCUACCUCCAGGUCCGGUACCUCUACCUCCAGGCCCGGUACCUCUACCUCCAAGCCCGGUACCUCUACCUCCAGGUCCGGUACCUCUACCUCCAGGUCCGGUACCUCUACCUCCAGGCCCAGUAACUCCACCAACAGUCGAUCCUUGCGCCCACAUUGAACGAGAAAAGCACAAUGUGAAACCCUGCCAGAACAGUUUCUGCAUAAACGGAGUUUGCGAUGUCAACCAGUGGGUGUAUGUGCCAGUAAAAGUGGUCACGCUAAGACCUCCGGGAUUCAACCAAUUCAAAUCGUUCCCUGUGGUCAACGGUGACAUAUCCAGUGCCAACGACAUAUACCAGCCAGGGGCUUACGAGAGAACCAAACGAAUAAUCGAAGGCAGACGGGGAAGAACUCCAAAAGGAUAUUCUCGUUGCCACGAUGAUGGCGUAGGACAAAUUUUCGUUCAAUCUCAGGGAUUAAAUUAUGACGGAGUGUAUAAAGAAUCUGCCAUCGUUGACCAGAGACUCGCCACUACAAUGUCUAUCGCUUACCUCGCGGUCAAGGAUCCUGGUCGUGGUAUUUCGCUAUCGCUGUUUCGAGCUGCAGACUCAUGCGGCCGUGUUUGUCACACGUCCUGCAAAAAUCCCAGGACCGGGGCAUACGAGCAGUGUUCUGGUGUCGUAGAACUGGACUCCCGUCCUCCGCUGAUGUACAGUAAGAAUUACGGAGACGCCACAUUGGAUGUGUGGGACUACGGUCCGCCCGGCAGCCACAGAUGCCCAACUUUUGAAACUGACAAGUUCUUCUUGACGUUCUAUUGCGAUUACAGAGAUCACCUUCCAUGGGUGGAAAAGAUGACGGCGCCAACUACCCCACCUAUGUUAAGGCCAAGGCCACAACCAGUACAUGCUUUCCAUCCUGAAGAAUGCCGAGUCAGCAAAACGUGCACGAUUGACGUGCCGUGUUACACCGCUACGAGGCAAUGCACCCACGACGGAGAGGCGCAUAAAUGCCGUGGUAGCUGCGGCCAUUACGUCCGCUGUAACUACGGCCACUACAAGGAAAGUUACUGCAGCGGGGGAAGGGCGUUCAAUGUCCAGAUGAAUCGGUGCUCGAACAGGCCCUGUCGUGCUGACCGUAGACGACCACAGGGAAGAAACCCGUUCAACAUGUUUUCUAUUAAAAACUACAUGAGGCGGCUGAAAAAACGCAUGAGGUCGUUUAAGAUACCGUUUUAGGUCGUCCGUUGGCGAGCUGGUGUUGGGUCUUGGCGAGCGGAAUUUAUGAAUGCUCAAUGUCAUGGUUAAAUGCAGAAUCGCACGGCAGUUGACGUACUAAAUGGACCAUCAGCAUAUUGUUUAAAAGUGUAUAUACUGAACACCAAAGGAAAUGAAAAUAAAGAUUAUGGCUAGUUUGUAUUUAGAAUUAUACCGUUUAUUUGAUUGCCAUUGCUCAAUUCUGUAAAAUGGUAAAAGGCGUAUCCA